AUGUGUGGCAGCCCGGCGAUAAGUGACCCGUUGACGGAUACGCGGAUACACACGUUUACAUCGCGGUAUGCUGACGUCAAGCAAUCUCGCGUUCUCCUCAAGUGCAGCCAGCCGCACCGUCAAUCGAGUUCGCAGAAGCGCGAGCCAUGCGGAGGAAUGCUCGUCGAGACGUGUUCCAAGCGGCGAAACGAAAGGAAGGUGGCAAAGGAAAAGAGCGCUGGGACGCGCGACGAGAUCGUUACUUGCGGGGGAGAACUGUCACGCACAAAAUGGCCAUUCGCCGUUAACAGCUUGGCAGACGAGCCUGGAGGCGGCGCUUUGCGUUCUUGCUCGCCCUCCGUCGAUGGACACGCUCACUAAACGAACGCCGUGGCCCCGCUGAAUACGUGAAAAUCCUUUUCCCCAGUAUUUUCGCGUCCAUAUUUUUUGCUUUUUCAAACCACAACACAACAGUCGAAAGCGACGAAUCUGCCCCACUUCCCUCCUGUUUCUCGGCUUUUCCUAAAGAUGGCGUCACGCGGCCCGGUUUUUUCACCAAUUGUUUGUCAACAGAGAUAUUUUCCGACGAUUUUUCUCCACACUCUUCGAGUAUGAGUUUGCCGAGUUACAAAAUUUUUUUUCUUUCGUAUGUAUCACUACGUAUGUAUACACGUAUGAUUCUUAAUCGUUGUACAAGGGACAGUACAGUUUUUCAUGGAACAUAUAGUUGAUACUUGAAAGUUGACAUCUAUCAUACUUGUCUUUUUUGCUUUCAAUUUUUCGCGUUGAAUUAAAUCUCGUUAACCGUAGAUUUUAUAUUACGAAUGAAACUGAUUCUUCAUAGGCGAGUCAUAAGAAUCACAGGUCACAAAAUGAUUGAAUCACAUGCACGAUUGCAUGGCAAAGUUAACAUCGAUAGGAUGUAGAAGUAAUAAUAAGCAACAGUAGAAAACAAAAUGAUAGAAAGAUAAAUGCACCAGCAAAUGCUAUGUCACAGAAAAAAAAAGUCUGUGAAAAAGGAAUUAUUAUCAAUAUACUGAAACUGUGCAACAAGUCAAUGCAUACAUAAAAACAAAGAGGCAAAAGUAGAGGUUUCACAAAUGUCACCUACAAAUAACUAAACACUUACUCCUCCCAAAUCUUUGAUCUUUGCUUCUAUCUUAGCUGUAGUAGCAUGGUUCUUGAUAUCCAAAUAAAACACUUUUCCUUUUAACAA